AACGGAAGAGCUCCUGUUUUUUUGGAACUGACUUCACAUGUGAUAGAAAUAAACAUGCUGCAAAGUGGUGUACAGAAGAAGGAAAAAUUAAUCCCAAAUGAGGCCGAAGAAAAAACUGAUUGGAAAAAUUGGAAAGCCGAACGAAAAGAACAAAAGAAGAAGCUGAAAGAAACUAAACUUAUCAAACAGCUGGAGAGGCGAAAGCGAGAUGAAGAACAGCAAAAUGAGCAAUUGUUGGAAGAUCAACAAGAGAAGGGCAAUGGAGGUCGCCAAUACACGGUGAGCAUCGCCUUGCCGGGAUCGGUGAUGGACAAUGCCCAGUCUCCGGAACUGCGCACGUACCUCGCGGGUCAGAUAGCUAGAGCCUGCGCUGUAUUUUGCGUGGAUGAGGUGGUCAUAUUUGAUGAACAAGGGGAGGAUACCAAGAGUGUUGAAGGAGAAUUUAAGGGUAUUGGGAAAAAAGGUCAAGCUUGUGUGCAGCUUGCUCGGAUUCUGCAGUAUUUGGAAUGUCCACAGUAUCUACGAAAAUCUUUCUUCCCGAAGCACCAGGACCUACAGUUUGCUGGGCUGUUGAACCCUUUGGACAGCCCUCAUCACAUGAGGGUGGAUGAAGAUGCAGAGUUCAGGGAGGGUGUGAUACUAGACAGGCCGAGCAAAGCAGGAAAAGGUUCCUUUGUCAACUGUGGCAUGAGGAAGGAAGUACAGAUCGACAAGCAGUUGCAAGCUGGUUUGAGAGUCACUGUUCGCUUAAAUAAGACCCAAAUUGCAGAGAGCAAAGUCCACAAAGGAACUGUGGUGGCACCUCACACACCGCGGACAGAGGGUGGACUGUAUUGGGGCUACAGCGUGCGUCUUGCUUCCUGUCUCAGUAAUGUAUUCACUGAGUGUCCACAUAAGGAAGGUUAUGAUCUGACCAUUGGUACAUCAGAAAGAGGCAACAACAUUGACUGUGUGACACUAUCUCCUUUUAAACAUAUGUUGGUAGUGUUUGGAGGGCUGCAAGGGCUAGAGGCCAGCGUGGACACUGAUCAGAACUUAGAUGUUACAGAUCCCAGUGUUCUGUUUGACCUUUACCUCAACACCUGCCCUAAUCAAGGAAGCAGGACCAUACGCACUGAGGAGGCAAUCCUGAUCUCUUUGUCUGGGCUGAGACAGAAAAUUGUAGCAGCAUUCAUGGAUCACAAAGCUUGACUGUGGAUGUGGCCUUUUAAAUACUCCAAUGAAGACUGUUUGAGAAUUUUCUGAAGAUCCAAACAGAGGAGCAGGUCAAGGAGGACAAUCUGACAUUUAUUUUUACUAAGCAGUGUGUUUUAUGAAAUUAACUCCAAGGCUGACUAGCUUCUGCAGAGAUUGUUGUUCAUUUAAAUAUGAGUUACAUGUGUAAUGCAUCCUUGCAAGUACGUGGAUGGACCAAGUGUAAUUUUUGUAUGAGCUGUUAGUGUAAAAAUCAUCCCUGUGAACUUAAAUAAUUUACUGUAUUUUAUGUGCUUCCACUAUGUGUACAUUUGUUGGAUUUAUCGUGCAAGUGGUGACAUACCAAUUGUAGGAUUUUGAAAUAUAAAACAACAUUUUCACAUAAUAAAUUGAACUGCAUUUGCCAGAAAUGAGACUAAUAAUUGUUAAACCCCUGUAAUUUGAGUUGA